UAGAGCAGUGAUACUUUAUUCUGAAAGAGAUUAAAGUACUACCGGAAGUGCUGUUUGGAUUGCCCGUCGAGAAACUGCUUGUGGUUCAGCUGUACCCGAAAUAACCAAAUGGCUGGGAGCAGACUAGAGAGAAUUGGAACUGUGUUUACGCGGGUUCGGGAUCUAAUGCGCUCUGGAGUGAUAAAGCAAACCGAGAAACCAAUCUGGUAUGAUGUAUAUGAAGCUUUUCCACCAAAACGGCAGCCACUUUAUGUAAAACCUCAUACGAGAUCCCGGGUCAGGAAACCAGACCCGGUGCCUGAAAUCUUCUACACAGAAGAUCAAGUUAGAGCGAAAUUUUAUGAACAAUAUGGGAUGGGUCCUCGCCCUUUUGAUCUUUCCAAAUCAAACUUUGUCUCUACCUGUCAAAGGUUUGUAGACAAGUAUGCUGAGUUAAAGAGCCAAUCCGAGAUGGAUGACACUGUUCUGUUUGAGGAGACUGCAAAGGCUUUACUCGCAGAGGGCAUCAUACUGAGAAGGAGAGGAGCCUCAACAGUGGCAGCAGAGUCAAGGGAUCCAGUUUUGGGGCUGAAGCUGACAGCCAUGUUGGCAGAGCAACAGUCAGUUGGUGAUGACAGCAUGCAGGAGCCAGAACAACUUACAUCAAACACAACACAAACGUCGUAGAACUUUCUCCUUAUUUGGAGGCUCUGGUCACCUGUAGAAAUAAUAGCAUGAUCAUCGAGCAGGGGUUUGUUUUCCACCAAUGGCCUCAUACAGAAAAGUUGAAUGAAGUUGGGGACACUGAUAUUCUACAGUUUCCUGUAAUAAACAUGGUAAAAAAUCAAUCCUAAAUUAAGAAAUGCUAAGUAUUUGAUUCUACCGCUUAUCCUGUUCAGGGUCUUUAAGAAAAACAGUCUAUGUACCCCACCGAUAAAAAAAAGAGCUGUUGCUGUUCAGGAUCCUAUUUUAUCUGGGAACUUCAAGUAGCCAUCUUUGUGAAAUGUCACUUCAGAAAAAUCAACAAUGUCAGCAAGCUACUUACAAUAAUUUAUUGCAUACAGUCUACUUUGUCUGAAUAUCAAAAUUAUGGAUGUUUCACGGAAUGUUGUGUGGCAAUACACUGAGAAUAAAUUGUAUUUCCAGCA